GACGUGACCUGUUCAGUGGCCACGAUCAACACAGAUGAUGAAUAUUCAUUUCCUUUCGUCACCAACUCUUCCAGAGAACACAUCUCUCGAACCCCGGCCCUUCUGGCAUUCGGCGGGAACAGAGGCGAGCGCUACAUCGGCCCGACCACAGUCCGAGGCAAGGCAGUUGACCACUGGACCAGCUGUCAAGUCGACCCAGAUACUGGUGACCUCACAAAGGUGGACUAUUUCUUUACAG